AUGGGUCCUACCAACUGGUACCGACCUGCGGAGACAUCAAAUGCGGACCAUCCUGGCGGAUCGUCGAAUCAAUGGGCGCGUUCAAUUCCUAACCUCCUGGGAGCCAACCUGGGAGCCGGUAGUGAGCGUUUUCUUCAAACGAAAUACGCAUGUACAGAAGACGCCAACGGCACCGAGUGGGGCGCGCCUAUGUGGAAGCUGAAGCUACAGAAGAAGAAACAAGUAUAA